GCCUAAUUAGUGAUACACAAUGUUAUUUGAAAAAUGUGCGCCUUACUAAAAUUAUGUGUGUUUUUUACGAUUUUUGGCAAAAUUUAUUUGGAGAAUAAUAUUGAAUACCUCGAAAAUGUUAUGAUUGAAAACCAAAAUGCCUUCACAAAAUAUCAAUUACCUUUAUAUAAUGAAGAAUUAGUUAAAAUUACAAGCAAUAAAAUUAUUGAAUAUGGAAAUUUCGACUUUAUAAUAGUAGGAGCAGGCACAGCUGGCAGUGCUCUAUCUAAAAAAUUAUCAAAAAUUAAAAAGUGGCACAUUCUUCUACUGGAAGCUGGAGGCGAUGAAACGAGCUUUAGCGAUAUACCAGGUGCCUCCCUCUAUUUAUACAACUCCAGAAUGAACUGGGGGUAUUACACAACGCCUCAAAGCACGGCUUGCCUUGGAAUGAUAAAACGUCAAUGCAACUACCCGAGGGGUAAAGUAAUGGGUGGAAGCAGCACUAUAAACGGUCUGGUGUACACCAGAGGCAAUAGAGAAGACUAUGACGACUGGGUUAAAAUGGGUAAUUUGGGGUGGGGGCAAAAUGAGGUCCUGCCGUAUUUUAUGGAGCUUGAAAAAUGGCAAACCUAUGGAGACUUGCGUUACCAUGGUUUUAACGGCGAUCUUAACUGCAAUAUUACUUUACCGGACUCUAAUAAGUUUCCCUACAUUCAUAGGGCUUUGUACGAACGAAACCUACACGAGGUUGAUUAUAAUGGAAACAGUCAGUUGGGUUUUUCUAGGAGCGUGACUAAUGUGGACUUUAAUAAAAGAGUUAGUUUGGCCAAAGCGUAUUUAAGAAAUACCACUGGUAAUCUAUGUAUUUCCAAGGGUUCCAUUGUCACAAAAUUAAUUUUGGAAGAUGCAGUAGCAAGGGGGGUUUACUUUGUUAAAAACAAUGCGACUUAUAGAGCCUUCGCGAGAAAAGAAGUGAUACUCUCAGCUGGAUCGAUAAACACCCCGCAAAUUUUGAUGUUGUCUGGCAUAGGACCACGUGGAGAGCUACAAAAACAUGGCAUUAAAGUGGUUAAAAAUUUACCUGUCGGCCGAAAUUUACAGGAUCAUGCUGGUUUGGUUGGGGUCUAUAUUGGCACCAACAUAACAGAACCGUCGCCGAAUUUAACAGAAAGUUUACAGAUGUAUGUGAAGGGAUCAAAACCCCUAACAGAAGCUUUACCAAGUGAGACUAUAGCGUUUGUUCAGGUGAAAAAAAAGAAUAAUACCAUUCCUGAUAUUGAGCUUCUUAUACAACCCACAACACCCUUCGGGGGAGUUAAUAGUUUUGCGUUUAACACCGACACAAAACUAAACAAAUUUUUCGAAAAAUCAUCGCGAGAAAACGCGAUUGGUGUGUACGUUGUUUUGCUACACCCACAGUCUAAAGGUGCGGUAACGCUGAAAUCAAAAUACCCCAAAGACUUCCCAAACGUCCACCUAAACAUGCUGUCGGAUAAAAACAACGCGGACAUCCACACACUGUAUUUAGGCCUUAAAUACUUGGAAGACCUUCUGCAAACCUCCCCUAUGAGGCGAAUAAAUGCGACCUUGAUUAAACCCGACACGAUCUGCACUGAGCACGAAAUGUCGUCACAAAGUUACUGGUAUUGCGUCAUCAGACAAAUGACAUUAUCGAUAUAUCAUCCUGUGGGAACCACAAGGAUGGGAAAGGACCCUAAAACGUCAGUGGUCGCAAGCGAUUUAAAAGUCCACGGGGUAAAAAAGUUGAGGGUUGUGGAUGCAGGUGUGAUUCCCAAAACCAUUUCUGGGCAUACUAAUGGACCCACAGCUAUGAUAGGGCUGAAGAUUGCUGACAAAAUUUUGUCUGAGUACAAAUAAUUUUUAAAAUUGUUAUUAGACCAGUGCAGAAGCCUUUAAAAAUGGUAAAAAGAGAAAAAAAAUAACAGUAGGAUGAAACCCAUUGGAAAAGGAGGGGAAUAUAAUAAAAAUUAAAGGAAAAAUAAAUUACGGGCGAUCUGAGUUCGGGAAGUGGGAGGGGGGGGUUUAAGGGUAAAAAAUGGUUUAUCUCGAUUUCCGGCAAAACUACAAGUCCUAUGGAAAAAAGUUAAAUGUCAAAGUUGUAGGUAAUAAAAAGAUCUACAACUUUUGUAUUUACAAUUUUUUCACAUAACCUCAAAAUUUAUGUGAAAAAU